GUCACUGUUCCCCCCAAAAAAUAGCUGAGUUGAAUAAAGUUGAGUGUUACAACAGGGUACAGGAUCUGAUCUUUUCCAACAGAAAUCCUAUUAAACUUUUCCCGUGCAUACUUGUUAAAUAACACACGCGUUUGAAAAAUCUGCUGUAAAAGUCUGGAUGCUAAUCAUAUAUCCGCAUUCUUAUUUAUAUAUUAAACAGUAAAUAUUUAGUAGAUAUGAGGGAUAGUGAACACAGUAUUCCAUAUGCGCUACUAUUUUUCCCGGGAUCUUCCUGCGUCAGAAAUCUCGCGCAUGCGAGAAUGAACUAAGAUGCUUUCCUUAGCAUGCUAGUCAGGAGGAUAACUCAGUCCCAAUCUUGUUUUGUCAACAAAAAAAGAUUUGGACUCUAGCCAACUCUGCCAUUAUGUUGGUCCCAAUCUUCACCCUAAAGCUGAACCAUAAGAUUAACCCACGGAUGGUGACUGUGGGGAAAUUUGAUGGCGUUCAUCCAUGCUUGACUGCAGCAACACAAGCAGGCAAGGUAUUCAUCCACAACCCUCACACUCGAGGGAAAAGGCAAACAGCUCAUCGGUUGAGUCAGAGUACCCAAGACUCCGACAUCACCUUGCUCAAUAUUAACCAGGCUGUAAGCUCUCUGGCAGCCGGUACUUUGGGUCCCAAUACGACAGGGGACACACUCCUGGUGGGGUCCCAAACCAGUCUACUAGCUUAUGAUGUACAUGACAAUGCUGACAUAUUCUACAGGGAGGUGACGGAUGGGGCCAAUGCCAUUGUUUUGGGAAAAUUGGGGAACAUUCAGUCUCCCCUUGCCAUUGUUGGAGGAAACUGUGCACUUCAAGGCUUUGACCAUGAGGGGAAUGAUCAGUUCUGGACAGUGACGGGCGAUAACGUGAGAUCAAUGGUGCUGUGUGACUUUACAGGUGAUGGGAAGAAUGAGCUUCUUGUGGGAUCAGAAGAUUUUGACAUCAGGGUAUUUAGAGAAGAUGAGCUGGUGUCUGAGAUGGCAGAGAAUGAGACUGUAACAUCACUGUGUCACAUGCACGGCAGCAGAUUUGGCUAUGCUUUGGCCAAUGGAACAGUAGGAGUGUAUGACCGUACAGCUCGCUACUGGAGAAUUAAGUCAAAAAAUCAUGCAAUGAGUAUCCAUGCUUUUGACCUGAAUGGGGAUGGAGUUGUAGAACUCAUAACUGGCUGGUCUAAUGGAAAGAUUGAUGCUCGUAGUGACCGAACUGGUGAAGUGAUCUUCAAGGACAACUUUUCUUCAUCGGUGGCUGGUGUGGUAGAGGGAGACUAUCGCAUGGAUGGACAGAUUCAACUUAUUUGCACCUCUGUGGAGGGAGAAGUGCGUGGCUACCUUCCAGCCAGUAAGGAGCUGAAGGGGAAUCUUAUGGAUGCAAGUGUGGAACAAGACCUCAUUAGAGAGUUGAGCCAGCGCAAACAGAACCUGUUACUAGAACUCCGGAACUAUGAAGAAAAUAACAAGGCUAUUCCUGGUGCCCCAGAAGGGGAAAUUCAGAUGGGUGUCAUUCCUGCCAACACUCAGCUCCAGACGGCCUUGAGUGUCCGAGCAGCCACUGAGAGCCAGAGAGCCCACAUAGAGCUCAGCAUUUCUACACCAAAUGAGACCAUCAUUCGUGCUGUGCUGAUUUUUGCUGAGGGCAUUUUUGAGGGGGAGAGUCAUGUGGUGCACCCGAGUGCUCAGUCCCUGUCUGGCUGCAUCUGUGUUCCCAUAAUUCCUCCUAAAGACAUUCCAGUAGAUCUGCACAUUAAGGCAUUUGUGGGCGGAAGGUCAAGUACACAGUUUCACGUGUUUGAGAUAACUCGUCAGCUGCCUCGCUUCUCCAUGUACGACCUUCAAGUUGAUCCCUCAACCCCUCAUCCAAAAGGAAGAGUUACAUUCAGUAUCAAUGACAGGCCACAAAGGGUUGUCAUGUGGCUGAACCAGAACUUUCUACUACCUGAAGGCAUCAACAGCCCAAAUGUCACAUUCACAGCACUGCGCGGAGAAGGACUGCUGUCUAUUAGCAUGCACUCCAGUGGCGAGAUAACACUAAAUACAGAUGACAUCGACCUGGCAGGAGAUCUGGUCCAAUCACUGGCUACUUUCCUGGCAAUAGAAGAUUUGCAGGCAGAGGCUGAUUUUCCUGCCUACUUUGAAGAGCUUCGAGUCACUCUCACAGAGGUGGAUGAGUUCCAUUCAGUGCAUCAGAAGUUGACAGCAGCCAUGGCAGAUCACUCCAGCCACAUCAGGAACAUGCUGGUGCAGGCAGAAGACGCCAGGCUUAUGGGGGACUUAAAAACGACGAAGAAGCGUUAUAUUGAGCUAUACGACCUCAACCGAGAUCUGAUCAACGAAUAUAAAAUUCGCUCCAACAACCACAAUGCUUUGUUGACCCGCCUUAAGGCUGUGAACCAAGCCAUUCAGAGAGCUGGCAGGCUGAGAGUUGGAAAACCAAAAAACCAGGUCAUCACUGCCUGCAGGGAAGCCAUCAAAAACAACAACAUAAAUGCCCUUUUUAAGAUCAUGCGAGCAGGGACUGCCUCCUCAUGAGGAAGCCUUUCACUGGUCACCUGUAUUACCUACAAGAUGGAGCUCUGGCUACUGACCCAGCCCUCGAGGAGAGACAGAAACACAGUGCUGCACAGAGACAGUCCUGAAACCUCAGCUCUUACAGUUAAGGUCAGGGAAAAUCAUACAGGAGAGAAUCUCUACUCCAGGCUCUCUCUGCUUCCCCACUGUGGCAGCAGUUGUAGAGUAUGUAGAGGAGUAGUUGGGUCCUGUGAAAGAGGCAGCUGAAAAGAAUUUUUGAGUUCAACGAACAGUGGAUUGUAUGAAGCAAACUUUUUAUAGUUGUAUAUAGGCACUUAUUGUCUAUGAGUUCUGAUUAAAUUAUUGAAAACA